GCUACCAGGAAGGUCAACGGAGAGAGAGAGAGAGAGAGAGAGAGAGAGAGAGAUUGAGGAGGGAGGGGUUUUCUCCACCUUGGCUUCUAAUUAGCCCUCCUCUUCCUUGGUGCUCUCAGUCCUCGGCUGUGUCCCAAACGCAACACAUCCCUCAGUCACUAAGAGAGAGAGAGAGACAGACAGAGAGAGAGACAAACGGAGAGACAGACAGAAAGAGCCUGUGUGGGUUUUUUUCGUUUGUUUUUUUCCGGGGAGCGUUUUUGUUGAGACAAAACCAGGUCUAGAAUUAGUUUUAGUUAGAGGACUGAAACUGUUUUUUCUUUCCUGUGAUAAAGGCGAACAGGAGAGCUAGCGCGAGAGAGAGAGAGAGAGAGAGAGAGAGAGAGAGAGAGAGAGAUUAAAGGCAGUGCAGGCAUGAUGUCCUACAUUAAGCAGCCUCAUUACGCAGUGAACGGGUUAACGCUGUCCGGCCCGGGCAUGGACCUCCUCCACACCGCCGUCGGCUACCAGAACACACCCCGGAAGCAGCGGCGUGAGAGAACCACAUUCACACGUGCGCAGCUCGACGUGCUCGAGGCGCUGUUCGCUAAAACACGUUAUCCUGACAUCUUCAUGCGCGAGGAGGUGGCGCUAAAAAUCAACCUGCCUGAGUCCAGAGUUCAGGUCUGGUUCAAAAACCGCCGCGCUAAGUGUCGGCAGCAGCAGCAACAGAGCAGCGGACAGCCGAAACCUCGGCCUCCCAAAAAGAAAUCAUCCCCUGCCCGAGAGACGACCUCUGACCCUGCUAAUACUAACGCUACUGCUAAUGCACCCUACAGUCCAGUGGCUCCGCCCCCUCCAGCCCCACCUACAGCCAUCACUCCAAGCUCCACUGGCACAAAUGCUAAUGCUAGUGUCUCCAUCUGGAGCCCUGCGUCUGUCUCGCCAUUGGCUGAUCCACUCUGCGUGUCGAGUAAAACCGCAUACGCGAUGACGUACGCUCAGACUCCAGCCUACGCUCCGGCCUACGCAACUUCCUCGUCUUAUUUCAGCGGCCUAGAUUGCAGCUCGUACCUUUCCCCAAUGCAUGCACCGCUCUCAGCCACUGGGAGUGGCCCCCUUAGCCCUAUAGGCUCCUCAUCCUCCAUGGCUCUAGGCCAAUCACAGGUCUCGCAAGGUUAUGGCCCCGCCUCCCUUGGUUUUAGCACCAUUGAUUGUCUGGACUACAAUAAAGACCAAACAGCUUGGAAGCUUAACUUCGGUGCAGCAGAUUGCCUGGACUAUAAGGACCAAAAUUCCUGGAAGUUCCAGGUGUUAUAGGCAGGGGGCGCAGUCGAGGAGGGAAUUUUGGACAAGCUAAAAUUGUUCCUAAUUGUGUCUUUGAGUUCAUUUAAUUACAUGAUUUCCUGUGUUUCUUGUCACUGUAAAACAGCAGAUGACAUAAACAGACACUUGCUUUAACUGAAGUAUGAAGAUAUAUGACACAAAAAUGUUUGCACUAAAAUUGUGCAAGGUGAGGCGUCAGAUACGCAAAUUCAAAAUAUUCUGAUCAGAGUUCAGUUUUGUUUAGGUCAUAAAUUAAUAAAAUACGAUAAGCUUAAACAGAUUCUCAUGGUCACAAAUUCGUACAAAUUUACUCAAUCCAAAUUGUACGUAAAAUUACAGUUAAAUUUAGAGUGAGUGUGGGGUGUGUUUAACGUUCGUAGCUUAUUUAUGAUUUUAUUCCUAUGUAAUCCCAUAAAAAUACUUUUGCUCUUUAGAAUUAUUAUGAAUUGUGCAUACAAUGAUGUGGGAUUUUUAAAAAAUCUGAUCUUUUUUUUUGGUACUUUGGCACUAGAAAUGUGUAAAAUUUGUAACAAACAGUUUAUAUCAUAAUGAUUUAGUGGCUGUGGCUUUGUUUUUACAACUUCAUUCAGAUGACAUUGUCCAUAUUCACCAUAUCAAAUAAUUGCUAUAAAAUUUUGAAUAUGAUUGAAUUGAUUCGACAUACAUUAAAUAUGUUUAUUUAAAUGUUUUAAGGCAUCUGAGAAGAAGUUUGCAAAUGUCUCGCUUUUUUCUGCUUACAGAUUGACUUUUAGUUCUUCAAAUUUCUAAAGAACUGAAACUUUAUACACAAAAAUAUCAUAUAAAAAAUGUAUGGCAUAAUUUUAAAUUCACUUUCUUGAUCUUUUGUCUUUUCUCUUUUGCGUAGACCGUAAUAAUUCGUUGUUUUCAUUGCAAUUGUGAAUUGUUGCAUUGUGCUUAAUUUGUGUUCAGUUAAUAAUAUCAUCAUGUUGUUCAAAGAUAAAGUUGAUAUAUCCAUUUCAAAAAAUAAUUUUUUGGGUAAUUGUAUUUUUGCGUGUGUGUGUGUGUGUUCCUGUCCUUGUUGCUUCUUCUGUAAAUAUUAAACUGUACUUGAAAAUGGCAAUCAUGUCUAAUACAAUAGUUUUGAAUUAAUGUGUAGAAAACUGCCAACUUUUUAUUAUUGAUCUUAGAUUUUCUCUUUUUUUCAAACUCAGGGGUUAACCUGUAAAUGUAAUAGUGUUCUGAUUGUGUGUGAAAGCCAUAAAUGAAUCAUUUUUACUCGUUAAAAUUCCUUCCUUAUUUUCUUUCUUAUUUUGAUCCUUACAAAUUUUUGGCAUCAGUUGUUUCCUCUUGUUUUUCCCUACUUUGUGUUUGCUUUUUUCCAACAGAAUGUGAUUGUUUGU